AACAAAUAUAUAUGAAAAGAUAUGCAAAACCUUAAUAUAUCUACCACCACCACCCGCCGCCGGUUGUCCCCCCAAAGCUCCCCUCGCGCCAGCCCUCCUCCUCCCAGCACAACAGCGGAUCUGCUAGAUCCGGCCCCAAUUCCGGCCAAAUGGGGAAGAAUUCGGGGCCUAUGAGCAAGAAGUCCUCGUCCUCUUCCUUCUCCGGGCCGAUGACGCCGAUUCAGCCCAUCGGCCUCAUCACCUCGGGCCCGCUCAGCUCGAACCGGAGGUCGGGGCAGCUGGACGCACCGGGGGCGCCGAGCUCGUUCAAAAAGGCGGCUUACGGCUCCGCAGUCACGAGCCUAGGCGACGAGGUGAAAUUAGGGUUUAAGGUUUCGAAGGUGGCAAUGUGGAUGUUUUUAGUGGUGGUGGUGAUGGGGCUGGUGGUCGGGGUGUUUCUCAUGGCGUCCGUCAAGAAGCCGGUCAUUCUGGUGGCGGUGGUGGCGUUAUUGGUGCCGAUUGUCGUCAUUUUUGUGUGGAAUUACGCCUACAGGAAUCGCGGCGUGUUGGGAUUCUUAAACAAGUAUCCAGAUGCUGAGCUCAGGGGCGCCGUUGAUGGGCAGUUCGUCACGGUCACCGGGGUCGUCACUUGUGGCAGCAUACCCCUUGAAACUUCUUUCCAGAAGGUACAAAGGUGUGUGUAUGCGUCCUCAGAAUUAUAUGAAUAUAGAGGCUGUGGUGUAAAACCAGCUAAUCCCAAACAAAGAUGGUUCUCUUGGGCAUGCACAUACUCGGAGAUAUAUAAAAGAAGCAAGUACCGUGAGUGUUAUGGGAAUGGUUCGACGACUGGACAACGUGCUCAUGAUCGUCCCACCUUCUGAGCCGGUCUCAACCGGUUGUCGCUGGCCAUGCUGCCUUCUGCCGACAUACAUUGAAGGCCUUACUUUGACUUGUGAUGAAAGUCAAAAUGCAGACGUGAUCCCUGUGUAAAUGAAGCGUCUUUUUGUCUUUGGUUUUUGGCAAACAAACACGAGGACAGUGGUGUAUGAGAUGUAAUGAAGAUCAAGCGGAGAUCCACUGUGUAUAGUUUUUGUUGAUGAAGAAGGUGUGAAGUCUAUAAGCAUGGUAGAUAUACAAUACACAUGAUGGAGAUGGGAAAAGUUCCCUACGAGCAGGUGGGCUUCUUUGAUUGAUAUGAGUGUAUAGAAGCCAUCAAUCUGGGUUAAGCUUUGUAUAUUCUCCAUUUCUUCUUUCACUCCAUCAAUGUCAAAUGUGAAUUAAUGUGUUGUCACUCAUAUUUUGUUUUUAUAAGUAUUAUGUUAAUAUCAGAUUGUUUAAUUCAGCCUCAUUUUUUCUGA